AUGAAGCGUCCCUCCCCUCUUCCCCUCCAACCCCCCAAAAACCCAAAACAACUCAAACCAACCCCAUCACCCCCUCCCACACUCCAACCACAAUCACAACCUCAAACCUUCCACCACUACGGCCCCUGGAACUCCCACUCCCGCCUCCACCCAACCCUCGCCUUCAUCGAAUCCUACCACUCAACCCUCGACUCCCUCUGCACCUCCCAUUACACCUCCCCCUCCCAUUACACCUCCCCCUACUUCUUCAGCCCCCUCGCCACCUACCACGACACCAAAGGCGCCGUCCACUUCACCGGCCCCGCCAUCUGGAGUUGGUUGAUCGGCCAGUGUGCGCCGUUUGAGAGCGUACGGCAUGAGGUUGUUGAUGUUAGGGUUGUGCGUGAGGAAGGGGGUAUGGGAGGGAGGGAUGUCGUGUAUGGCGAGACGAUGGCGCAUUUUGUGUUAAGGGGGGAGGAGGAGGGGGUGUGCGUGCCGCGAUUUUUUGUGUGGACGGUUGUGGAUGUUGAGGCGGGCGGGGGUGUGGAUGGGGUGGGGAAUGGGGUUGGUGAAGGGGUAGAUGGGGUGGAGAAUGGGGGGAUUGGCACGAAUGGAAAGGUAUUCGAGAGUAUAAAGGUUUUCUGGGAUACGGGUGUUAUUGGACGGUUUGUUACUGAGCGGAAGAGGAGGAGGGAGGGGGAGGUUUUGGAGAGGAGGGAACGGGAGGAGCAAGACAGGAGGGAGAGGGAGGAGGAGGGACGGAGGGAGAGGGAAAGAGUUGAGAGGGUGAGGGUGAGGCGGGAAGGGGAGAUGGAGAGGGUUAGGCAGGUGGUUGAUCGAACGAGGAGGGUUAGUGUUGGUGCGUUGUGUAGGGAGGAACGGGGGAGGAUUGAGGGCGAUAGAACUGUUGGGGAGGUGAGGUGA